GCUCUUUCCACCGCAGGGCCUGAGCAGCUAGUCUGGUUCUGUAACCAACCUGCGUUCAACCACUGCGCCUUUGCUUGCGCCACCGCCUUCAUUUAGAUUAGGAGCGUCAAGCAAUCCAUUUAUACCUUAAGCCUCAUUUGUUGUGAAAAGCUUUCUAAGUGCCGGGCUUUUAGUCCGGGCCGGGCUAGAUAAUGGGCCCACCAGGCGGCUUUGGCGGCCGCGGAAGGGGCCGCGGCGGGUUCUCUUCGUCCCGUGGUCGCGGUCGUGGACGUGGAGGUUUGGGUCCGCGCGGAGGCGGUGUUGCAAAGAAACCUGGCGGCGGUCCUGCAGCAAAUGGCAAAGACAACAAGCACCGCUCUCUUAAGAACCAGAUUCGGAGCGUGGAGAGGCUACUGAAGCGGGAGGGUAUCGACCCACGGGUCCGUGCCGCCAAGGAGGCUGAGCUCGUCGAGCUGCAGGCCUCCCAGGAGCAGCACCGCAGGCAGGAGCUGGAGCGCAAGUAUGCCGUACGGUACCACAAGAUCAAGUUUUUCGAGCGGGUCAAGAUCGAGCGCGCCAUUAAGCGACUGGAGCGGCGGCUCCAGGGCGGCACCGGCGAAGACGGCGCCGGCGCGGCGGCGGAGGAGGAGGAGCAGGAGGAGGCGGGCGGACCUGGCAGCGAGGACGGCGGAGGGGAGGCGGCGGCGGCGGAGGAGCGGGCGGCUCGGAAGGCGGAAGGGGCCAUGGACCCGGAGGCUGUUCGAGCCAAGCUGGCGUCGUUGAAGGAGGACCUGAUGUACGUCAUGCACUUCCCCAAGGGCGAGAAGUACGUGUCCAUUCUGCGGGACGCGGAGGACCCGGAGGCGCAGCAGCACCUGCUGGCUGAGCGCGAGCGGCUGCGUGCGCUGGUGCGGCGGCAGCUGGCGGAGGUGGCCGCGGUGACGGAGGCGGAUGAGGGCCGGGCACUGCUGGGGGAGCAGUCGCUGGCGACACUGCCGCUGGCGGCGGCGGGGGCGGGGGCGGGUGCUGGAAAGGGUGGAAAGGCGGAGAAGGAGAAGGCGCCUGGCAAAAAGGACGCAGGGGCAGCGAAGGCGGCCACGAAGCAGGCGGCUGCGAAGACGCAGGAGGGAAACGGAAAGAAAGGGAAACAGCCGGCGCAGCAGCAGGAGGAGGAGGAAGAAGAGGAAGAGGAGGAUGACUUCUUUUUGGCGGAGGAGGGGGCUGGUGCGGAUGAGGAGGGCGGCGAGGGCGCUGCGGGUGUGGUCCCAGGUGAAGAGGAAGAGGAGGGAAGCGUUGAUGGUGAUGACGAGGAGGAGGAGGAGGAGGAGGAUGGGCGGCAGCAGCAGCAGCAGAAAAGCGUGAAAGCUGCUGCUGCUGCUCCCGGCGGCAAGGCAGCCCGGGCGGCAGCGCCCGCGACUGUUGGCGGCGGUCCGGCGGCGAAGAAGGCACGAGUGGAGGAGCAGCAGGGGCAGGGGAAGCAGCAAGGGAAGCAGCAGCCUGUGCAGCGGAACGUUUUUGGCGCGUUCGGAGGCCGCGCCGAGGGGGCUGCGGAGGAGGAGGAGGUGGACGACUUCUUCCUCAUGGAAGGGGACGAGGGCGCGGACGCGGGAGGUGGUGCUGCAGCAGAGAAGGGGCGGGGUGGCAGGGGCAGCGCGGAGGAGGAGGAGGGCGGGGCGGUUGUUAGUGGGGCGCGGCAUCAGGCGGCAGCAGCGGCAGCAGGGGGGAGGAGUGGCGGAAGAGGAAGAGGAGGAGCCGGAGGACGGGGAGGAGGGAGAGGCGGGAGGGGUGAGGGUGGGCGAGGAGGGCGGGGAGGUGAGGUCGG